CAGAAAGAGACUGACUUCAUUCAGCUACCACCCUCAAACAAAGGAUUUAUCACUUCCUCUUUUCCUAGGCAAUAUGGCGAGCGAAGGCGACUGGACCUGCGACGCUAAUGACGCCGUCCAGAUCACUCUUGUCCAGCCCAGUGAACAAAAACCGAAGACGCUCUCUAGCUUCCAUCCUCAGUUUACUUACCCAAUUUUUGGCGAUGAUGAAACAAUUUUCGGCUACAAGGGAUUGAUCAUCCGUUUACGAUUCGCUGCUCAUGACCUCCGUCCGCAUCUCCAUAUUUCCUACGAUGAAAAGUUUAAGACCGUGGGCGACACCUCGGCAGUUGACUUGCUCAAGACAUUAAAUCCAUUCAUCCCAGAAGAGGCAUUUUCCACCCUUGCUGAGUACGAAAGCGCCGUCCAAGAAGACAAAGAUGCGAAGGACUUUGUACCGCCAGGAAAGCUUGUCCAUAACUAUGUCACUCGUGGACGAACGUACGAGAUCUGGGCAGGGUCUCUCGCUGACCCUAAGGUGCGGCGGCUGUUGGACCGGGCUCAGGUCUUCGUGUCUCUAUUCAUCGAGGCUGGAACACCCCUAGAAACGGAGGAUCCCGAAUGGACACUCGAGCGCUGGACGUAUGGCUGA